AUGGCAGAGGUACCCGAGUAUAUCGACUGGUCAAACCAAAGCAUAUCUUUUAGCAAGGCGGAUCAUCUGAAGGCCGUUCCAAGACCUGGUCACGCUGCUCUAGUUCUCGAGGCGCAGAUUGGAGGUUACAAUAUGAGCAAGGUGUUCAUGGAUGGAGGAAGCAGUCUGAACCUGCUGUUCGCUAGCACAAUGAAUGCAAUGGUUUUUGGCACAUCUAGCAACUUCAGGAAGGAGAAACUCGAGUUCGAAGUGGUUGACUGGGAAUCACAAUACCACGCCAUCCUCGGCAGGCCAGCGUUUGCCAAAUUCAUGGCGGUACAUCACUAUGCAUACUUGAAGCUGAAGAUGCCAGGCAAUAACGGGACAACAAUAACCGUUCACGGAAGUUUUUCUCGUCCUGAUAACUGCGACAGGGAUUUCCAGAAGAUCGCCUCAAAGUUUGGUGUUAAGGAAGAGCUCAAUGCACUCGACGUUGUUACAGAUUACACGCAUCCUCCAGCUGAUAAUCGGAACGUAAAAUCCGAUGAAUUUGACGUCGCAAAGGAGACAAAGAAAUAUUAA